GACAUUUGACAACUGUCAAGUGUCUUUCUAAUAUUUUCCAUUGUGAAAAAUUUUUCACAUAGGCAAAAAUCUACAUUCAUCGGCGUAGAUUCGCCUUAUUUUUAUAAAAUAUCCAUAAUAUAUAAUUAAAAAUGCCACCUAAAUUCGAUCCCACAGAAGUAAAAUACGUUUACUUAAGAUGUGUAGGAGGAGAAGUGGGCGCUACUUCAUCUUUGGCCCCUAAAAUUGGUCCACUAGGGUUGUCUCCAAAGAAAGUUGGUGACGAUAUCGCUAAAGGAACCGCCGACUGGAAAGGUUUGAAAAUAACCGUUCAAUUGAAAAUCCAAAAUCGUCAGGCUACAAUUUCUGUCGUACCAUCAGCCGCCUCUCUUAUUAUUAAGGCUUUAAAAGAACCACCACGUGAUAGAAAGAAGCAAAAGAACAUUAAACACAGUGGCAACAUUACCUUUGAUGAAAUAAUCACAAUUGCAAAGCAAAUGAGGCCCCGGUCUAUGGCCAAACAACUUUCUGGUUGUGUCAAGGAAGUAUUGGGUACCGCACAAUCUGUAGGUUGCACCAUCGAUGGAAAAGCACCUCAUGACGUUAUAGACGAAGUCAAUGAUGGUUCAAUAGAAGUACCAGACGAAUAAACUGAAUAGAUGUUUUUUCUAAGUUAAUAAAGUGUUUUUAUUUUUUCCUAAGACCUAAAUAUAUUAUUAAUAAAAUCGGAAUUUUUAUUAUUUAUCGA